CACUUCUAUUUUUAUUCGCACCUGGCAACAUGUACACAUCCAAGUUUAAAGGCCUCUGUAGUUCGUAUGACACAGGCGAAUCGAUAACAUGGCGUUGAAAUAACACGGAUUAUUUAUCAAUUAGAAUGAUUCUACAGUACAUCAAAAAUGUCUACAUCACAUUUUCAGAUAGUGGACAUCAGCACCCAAGGGUCAAGACUGGUUCGGCCCUCGCCAAAGCUGGACUCAAAAAGAUCGUAUUGAAGAAGGUGAUGUCUUCCUUGAAGCGCAUGCCCACCUUGCCUCCGGGGACCAAACCUUUGGACAAUCAAGUGGCAGGCCACCAAAAUGCAGAUGGAAAAAUAGGGUGCUUACAACACGAUGAUGGAACGAUACUGAAGCCCGUGCAAUAUCCACCUAAAGGUCAGAGGGAGGUGGACUUUUACCAGGAGGUGUUUGGUGAUCAGGGUUCCGAUGAUAAAGCAGUGCUGCAGUUACGAGACCUUGUGCCAAAAUUUCAUGGAAUUUUGCAUUCACCCAAAGAAAGUGAUGUACGAUUCAUGAAACUAGAGAACUUACUGGAAGAUAUGAGGCAUCCCUGUGUCCUUGACAUUAAAAUGGGGAGAAAAACUUAUGACCCAUAUGCCUCCCAGGAGAAAAUAGCCAUGGAGACUGCCAAAUUUCCCCCAGCAAAGAAAAUCGGGUACCAGAUGUCUGGCAUGCAGACAUACAGUCCAGGCACUGGUAAAAUACAGAAGUUUGACAAGUAUUUCUGCAAAGACUUGGAUGAAGAAUCCAUUGUUUUCCAAGGUUUUGGAAAAUUCUUUUCAUUGGAUGGUGUCAUGCAAAAGGAAGUGAUAAAAGAUGUGAUUGAGAGACUAGAAGAAAUUUUGAAGUGGUUCAACAAACAGCGGACAUAUAACUUCUUCGCCAGUUCAAUAUUAAUAGUGUUUGAUGGUGAUGUGUCCAUUUCCUCGUCGAAAACUUCAUCAUCUUCCUCCGAUCUCAAGGUUGCAGACGAUUGCUGCAAUGGUGACACAGAUUCUAUUAUUGAAAAUGACUACUCUGAACUGAUCUCCAAAGAUUCGGAGGAUUCAAAGAAAUUUAGUCCGUCUGAAUCUGUUCAUCCGAAGGUUCAGGUACGGAUGAUAGACUUCGCUCACGUCUAUCGUAUACCAGAUGAAGAUGAUAAUUAUAUCUUCGGAUUGAAACAUUUGAUUUAUGAUCUGCAUCGAUUGCUGAAAAGUUAGUACAAAAUUUCCCAUAAAAGCUUUAUUAAAUAUUUAUUGUGGAGGCUUUUAAAGAGGUUGUGGAAUAAUUUUGUAAAUUCCGGAAUUGAUUGAAGUUCAGUUGGUAUACAGAUAAAUAUUUUCAGUUUUAAGAACAGAUUGAAAAAGGAAUGUGUAAAUGUGAUGUCACAAUGGUGAUGGAUACAAUGUACUAAAUGAUCAUUAUUCUGUAACCUACCAUUACUCGGUUAUAUUUACAAAUCAUUGUUCAAGUCAUAAUGGUGCAUAAUGCUAUACCUUUUCUCUCUUCCUUUGUUCUUAUUUGUAUGAUAGGCUUGUAGAUUACAAAUCUAGGUGCUGUUUUGCUUUUUUUGUCCUAUUUUUAAAAAAAAUUUGCAUAUGGAGUCAUGUGAUAUCUCUUUUAUAUAUAUAUAUAUAUAUAUAUAUAUAUGUGUGUGUAGAAAUAAUGCAAAGGUCCAUUGUCUCAUAUGCCAUACAACCCUUAUAUUCUUAAAAGUCUACAACACUGAUGAAAUCUAUUUUUGUAACUACGGUAAUUCACCUGAGAAAUUUUGUAAAACUCUUAUGUGCCUUUUUUAUUCCAUUCUAAACUAAAUGCUUAAUUAGUGUUUAUACUAUUUAUACGGAUAUCAUACUGCCCACCCUGUUUGCACUUCAUAAGGAACACUCUGAUUUCGUAGUUUUUUCUCUCUUUAAAAUGGAAUUAAUCCUUGAUCUCUGAGACCAUAUACAUAUGCUGCCUCUCCUUCAGUUCCUCAACAUGACAGGGUGGUUCAUAUUUUGUGUCACUUGUUCACAAAGACUGCAUCAAAACUUGUACACAAUUUUAAUUGCAGAAAUAAUGAGACAAAUUUACCUAUGUCAAAGAUUUUUGUUUUAAUGUUGCAUGUAAACUACCAUCAAAGAUUGACCGUAUGAUAGAAUAUUCCAAGUCAACUUUGAUACGGCUAAAAAAUAUAUUUUUAUAUCUAAUUUUUUGAAGAUUUUUGUAAGUAGCAAAUGUGGUCCAGAUUAAUGAAAGGCUUCAUCAUUCUUUAUGUUUUAUUGAUUGAACAAGUGAAAUAUAAAAAUGUUACAACUGGAUGGAAGUAGUGUGUAAAGGUACUAUAACUGCAGAUCACCGACUGAUCAUAGAGAACAGGAAGUAUUAAUGUGAAAUACAUAGUAACACAGUCCAUAAACAACCAUCAUAUACAGUCAAACCCCGUUAUCUCAAACUCGAUGGGACCAUGAGAAAAAAUUCGAGAUAUCCAAGGAUUUGAGAUAUGGAGGGUAAAACACUUAAAGAAUGAGUGGUAACACUCGUGCUUUUCUGAAUCGCUUUGACAUAUCCAUGGUAUUCAAGAUAUCGGUGUUCGAGACACCUAAGUUCAACUGUAUAGGGGGUACCAGGGUAAUUUUUGCAGUAAGGACUAAUUAUGAUUGUCUCAUAUGUUCUUUAGUCUUCAAUAUUGACUCAUUAAAGUCAGGAAGUUUAGUGAAUUAUCAGUAGAUGUAUAAAUUAUGUGUCAGAUCUGUUAUAGAUAUUUACAAUACGAAAAAGGGGCGUGUGUAUAUGUGUGUGUACAUAUGUGAACUCAUGCUUUUAUUUUCAGGCAGUCAACAGGGAACUAUUUACACAUUGACUACACUGUGGUAUAUAGGUUUCUGAUUAGAAAGCUUAUUUGAAAAAAAUUGGUGUGGAUAAUAGAUUUAUCCAGCUGAUAUGUGGAUUGGAUCCAUUGAUAAACGAUCUAAAAAUUUGUUUCAUUGUUACUUGUCUAGAGUUUGAAAAGUCCACAUCCAGUCAGUAACACAUGUUUAAUCUGUGGAUGUAUACGUGUUUAAUCUGUGGAUGUAUACAGACAUGUUUAAUCUGUGGAUGUAUACGUGUUUAAUCUGUGGAUGUAUACGCGCGUGUUUAAUCUGUGGAUGUAUACGUGCGUGUUUAAUCUGUGGAUGUAUACGUGUUUAAUCUGUGGAUGUAUACGUGUUUAAUCUGUGGAUGUAUACGUGUUUAAUCUGUGGAUGUAUACACGCGUGUUUAAUCUGUGGAUGUAUACACGCGUGUUUAAUCUGUGGAUGUAUACACGCGUGUUUAAUCUGUGGAUGUAUACACGCGUGUUUAAUCUGUGGAUGUAUAUAUGUUUUUUUUGGUUAAUAUAAUGAAGUUUGUUGUUUUAUUUAUUUUAAUAAUUACAAAAUGAGAAUUUUAAAAUUUGCUAUUUUAAAUAUGUACAUGUAAAAACAGCUGAUGUAUGGUAUUAUUGUAUCGUUGUUAUAAUUUGGUACCUUGUAGUGUACACGUAAAUGAAUGCGUGCAAUUUAUACAUAAUAUAUAUAACUGUCAGUAUAUUACUAUGAAUCUACAAGUUGAAAAAUGAUUGUUUACAUAUACAUGUCAAAGAACUGUACAUAAACUUGAUGUUUAUCACUAUACAGUGAAAAAUCGGAAGUACGCGUGUACCGGUACAUUGCAUAAAAGUAUUAUAGUGUAGAUUUAUAUACAGUUAUGGUUACUUUAAUAAAAUCAUUUUUAAGCAAGAAAUUUA